AUGGAUCUUGUUAUCAGUGUUCUGUUCUUGAGAACUCUUGUUUUGUUCAUCUUGUUGGUUUCCUCUGCUUUUGGGGAGGGCUUGUUGAGCUGUGAUUCGACGUCGCCUGAUGCUUUCGGCUUCCGUUGCAAUGGAAAUGAGACUCUGGUGCAGUGUGGAACAUUUGCAGUUCUUUUCACAAAUUCGGAAUUUUCGUCUCUUUUUAACCUUAGCUAUUACUUGGGAAUCAACCAGUUUGCCAUUGCUGAAAUUAAUGGCUUCUCUGCUGAGGCACAGUUUCUUCCUAGAGAUCAGCCUUUACUGAUACCAAUUGAGUGCAAGUGCAAUGGCAGCUUCUUUCUAGCUGAAUUGACAAAAACUUCCAUUAAAGGAGAGAGCUUUUACAGCAUUACGGAAUCAUUGGAGGGAUUGACUACUUGCAGAGCAAUAAAAGAGAAGAAUCCCGGGGUGUCGCCGUGGGGUCUCGGAGACUCGGUCCGGUUACUGAUACCGAUGAAGUGUGGCUGUCCAUCUUCCUAUGCAGGUGGUCCAAAACCAAGGCUCUUGAUCUCCUACCCAGUGAGACAAGGUGACACAAUUUUUAAUUUAGCCACAAACUUCAAUACAACUCCUGAAUCUAUUAUAUCUGCUAACAGCAGAUCCAUAGCUGCCUUCAAACCAGAACGCCUUGUACCACUUUCGGCUCUAUUGAUUCCGGUGAAUGGUGAGCCAAUCCUUGGUUCUUUAGCAAAACCUCAUCAACCUGAUUUACGUCUUCCUUCCACCAGCAUCCCGGGGGUCAACUCGCACAAGUACACGGCGAAAAUGUUGCAUUUCGGAGUGUAUGUUGCACUUGGCGGAGUCAUACUCGGCGUGUGCAUUGCAGCAAUAGCACGCUUUUUGGUAAUCAAGCUGAAGAAAAACAAGCAGAAGAAGACACAGAAGGCAUACGAGAGAGGCGAGAUGGAGCUACAACAACUUAGUCUCAGUGUUAGAACGGCAAGCGACAAGAAAUUCUCUUUCGAGGGAUCUCAAGACACUUUUGACAGUCAUCUCCUUGAAUCGAAUGCGAGCAAGAUGCUCAUUGCUAUGUACACAGUUGAGGAGAUCAGGAGAGCGACGGAGAAUUUCAAUCCGAGUAAUCAGAUAGAGGGAUCUAUGUAUCAAGGACGUCUCAAUGGGAAGAACAUGGCAAUAAAGAGGACGGAGCACGAAACUAUCUCCAAGAUUGAGUUUAGUCUUUUACAUGAUAUCAAACAUCCAAGCAUAUUGAGGCUUUUGGGGAUAUGUUUAACAGAGGAUCCUCAUUCCUUUCUGGUUUUCGAGUAUGCGAAAAAUGGAUCCCUGAAGGACUGGCUUCACGGUGGUUUGGCAAUGAAAAACCAGUUCAUCACCUCUUGCUAUUGCUUCUUAACAUGGAGUCAGAGGCUGCGGAUCUGUCUCGACGUGGCUGCUGGAUUACAGCAUAUGCACCACGUCAUGAAACCGGUUUACGUUCACCGGAACAUCAAGAGCAGAAACAUUUUCCUAGAUGAGGAUUUCAAUGCAAAGAUUGGCAAUUUUGGAAUGGCAAGAUGUGUUCAAAAUGACAUUGAAGACCCAAAAUUCUGUUCUUCCAAUCCAGCCUCUUGGAGUUUGGGAUAUUUGGCUCCUGAGUGCAUUCACCAAGGUAUAAUUUCCCCAACCAUUGAUAUAUUUGCUUAUGGGGUUGUUCUUUUGGAGGUUUUGUCUGGGAAAACACCAAUAACAAAGCCAAAUGCCAAUGGUGAAGGCAGUGUUUGGCUAACAGAGAAAAUCAAGGCCAUCAUGGAAUCGGAUAAUGCAGAAGAACUAAGGGAAUGGAUGGACAGUGCAUUGGGGGAUAACUAUCCAUUCGAUGCAGCUGUCAAAUUGGCUAAACUUGCAAGAGCUUGUGUCGAGGAAGACCACUCGUUGCGUCCAAAUGCGGCUGAAGUUUUCGACAAGUUAUCGAGAUUGGUCGAAGAACUGCCCGAAGGAGAUCAAAGUGUGAGCUGCGAGAGCUCCACAAAGCCUCUUGUGAAGGGGCUGCAGGCUUCUGAAACCAAUCCAUAAAUAACUUCGUGGAAGCAGCAGCCUUCACUUGCAGUUCAUAUUUCAAGCCUCACUAUCCUGUAAUUUAGUAGUCUGAUGAGUGUUCAUUUUUGGCUUCAGU